CCCGUCGACGACAACGGCAAGCUGUGCAAUGCCAUCUGAUAGAUGGUUUUUUGGAGGCUGAGUGCCUCACACCCAUUGGAUUGGGGUAAAAUGAUUACGAUACUCCUUUUCCCAGGUGUUCUUUCUUGCUUAUCUGGCCAUAUCCCAUAUAUUAAGAAUACGAAUCGCUGCACGGGACCGAUUCCCGAGUCAUGCGCGACCGCCGGGAUGCUAAGGAAACAAACUCGACCCCACAGACCUUCUGCAGGUCUGUCUGCUGCUUUUCUUAGGCUUAGGGGAAUAACGGCGAUGUUGAGCCAGGGAAUAUCAACACAGCAAUCCGAUAGCCAAGAAUGCCACCCAGUCACGUCAGCGAUAGCGCACGAUAGCACUUACGGCGGUCAAACGGCGUUCGCCUCUUUCAAUUCUAUUCUACUGGUUCAGCAUCGGCCGUGCUGACCAAGGCUGCGCUACACGUUGCAAGAUUCUAUUCCACUUGUUGACUUAGUUGGAAUGACCCAACUUCUCCUUUCUUAUUCUUCAUCACCACUUCUCCCCCAUUUUGGUAUUGUCUGUCAGUGCCAAUGGCGCCCGUCCCGGCCACUCCGUAUUGCAGAGCCGCAGUGGUCGGCACUAACGUUCGUUCUGGAAUAGUUUUGAUGUGGUCCUCGAACACCCCUUCUCCAAGUAUACGGCCCCUAUUUUUAUACUGUGAUACGCACAGUGUUCGAGGUGCUGCACCAACACGAGGCGCCAACAAUAUGGUACAGGC